GGCACGAUAAAGUGGAUUUUUAUUGGGUUCGCCAUCCACUUGAUUGAACAUACAAACAGGCUCAUGAGGAGCAAGCUGUGGAACACUUGUUUUUUGUACCUCCUCCGAAAAGGUAGCUAGAAGUGGAGAGUGGCACUAGUUCCACAUUCGUGCCUUGAAGAAAGCUCCCCACUUGGACUUGUCACAGGAAUAAAGGUUCCAAGCUCCCAUGAAAUAACAGAUCGAAACCAAAGAGUUCAGUUCCAAAUAGCUUUCUACCUUCCCUUCUGCUUCUUCUUCAUCGUCUCCUACUCCGGUUCAGGAUUGUCACUUUGAGUGAUCCAAUAUCGCAAGAAAAACGACCUCUUCGUGGCAAAUCGUUGUCACGGUCCAACUUCACCCUGCUAACGAGGGCAAGAUGACCAAGAAAAAUAAUGAGGCUAAUUUCCACCAACUUCAGAAGCGUCAGAAGUCGCUCUCACCCGAUCGACAGAGGCGACCUUUGCCCUUGGAUCCCAUUGAGCAGAUGAUGCUUAAACGAGGUCGAAGUUCCACAUUGCCCAGAAAUUCAAAACAGCGAGUCAUGACUGCCUACGAAAAAGAUCGGCAAGAGCAAAUCGAUAGGGAAAACCGGAUACUCUUACGAAAAAUACUCGAACAACAUCACGGAAUCCGGAGGCAGAGUGUGAUACCGGGAACAGAAGCUGCAACUUCCGGUGGAAGUGCUCAACGGCAUUUCAAUUAUGGUGCAACUCUACGCAAAUCCAGAUCGCCCGAGAGAACAAUCAAAAACCUUCAGGACCACAACAUCAAAACGAGCCGACAGAUCAAUCAACAGAGACAGAGGCACAAAAGGGACUACGAAAACUUGCUAUUGCUCCAGAAGAUCCAAAACGUGCGUCCUUCCAGGCAAAUUGCAACCUCAUUUCGACCUUGAUCAUGAGACAACAGCCUAAAUUUGUGAGAAAAUCAAAGUUGCAUUACCACAUUGUCAUAGUGUGACAUAAUAAAAUUUCAU